CAGCUAGAAGAGGAAGGAAGCGAAGCCGCCUUCGCACAGCGGCUGCUGCCCGGACAUCGCCUCGCCCGAAGCCGCGUCCCUGCCCGGAAGAGCCGCCGCCGCCACCGAGAUGCCGGCCUAUCACUCCACUUUGAUGGACCCCGACACCAAACUCGUGGGGAACAUGGCUCUGUUUCCGAUCAGGAGUCAGUUCAAAGGACCAGCUCCUCGUGAAACGAAAGAUACGGACAUAAUUGAUGAAGCCAUCUACUACUUCAAAGCCAAUGUGUUCUUUAAAAAUUAUGAAAUCAAGAAUGAGGCUGACAGAACCUUGAUCUACAUCACUCUCUAUAUUUCGGAGUGUUUGAAAAAGUUACAGAAGUGCAAUUCCAAAGGCCAGGGGGAAAAAGAAAUGUAUACUUUGGGGAUCACCAAUUUCCCGAUGCCUGGAGAACCGGGAUUCCCACUGAACGCUCUUUACGCCAGACCCAGCAGUAAACAGGAAGAAGAGGUUAUGCGAGGGUAUUUGCAGCAACUGAGGCAAGAAACCGGCUUGAGGCUUUGCGAAAAGGUCUUUGAUCCCCAGAGUGACAAACCCAGCAAGUGGUGGACCUGUUUUGUGAAAAGGCAAUUCAUGAACAAAAGCCUAUCAGGACCAGGACAGUGACGGCAGCGGCUGGAUCUUUGGUUAUAAGCGCUCUGUUCCCAGGGAUAGUCAGAUAAUAUUGCUUCUAAUAUAAGUUUUCUACUGAAAGAGAAAAGGUGUUUCUGGAUGCAAGGCCACUGAUGGGAGGAAGGGCGGAGCUUAAAAAAAUCAUGUGCAAUGUUUGUCAAGCUUGAUAAUAAUAAUAAAAGUUCUUUCUAAUGGUGUUUUAUCUGUA